CGUCCAUAACCGGAAGAGACUCUGUUUACAGCGCAGUUAGCAUCGUUGAUUCGUUAAGGAGUGAUUGGGGAUUAAGCUUGUGCCUUUGAGUCAAACAGAAGUGAAACAUUUGGAUCACACGCCGAAUCGUGCACCAUAAUGCGAUUAACAUGAUCGUUUCAAGACGAACAACCGUAGCAAUGACAAGCUGGCUAACGUAGCGCUGUUGGUUGGCCAGCUAGGAAACUAACAACACUAGCUAGCUAACUUCUUGAAUAGCAGCAGUUCAUCCAACACAGUGAAACAGGUCCAGCAACAAGCGCGGCCAUGGGUGCGGAGAGCAGCGCGGUGCGGGGCUGCACCCUGGAGGAGCCGCUCCUGACCCUGCCUUCAGGACUCACCAUGUACUCGGCGAUGCUCCAGGAUGGAAAGUCUGCUUCCGUGUUUGUUCACAAGCGAGGCAAUGAAGAUAAAGUCAACAAAGCAGCCAAGCACCUCAAAACCUUAAGGCACCCAUGUCUGCUGCGUUUCCUGUCCUGCUCGGUGCAGGAUGGUGGCAUCCACCUCGUGACAGAGAGUGUGCAGCCCCUGGAGCUGCUGCUUGACAGUCUUUCCCCAGAGGAAAUCUGCGCAGGCAUCUAUGACCUCCUGCAGGCACUUGUCUUUCUACAUGAGAGGGGUAAAUCAAGCCACAACAAUGUCUGCAUUUCAUCGAUAUUUGUCAGUGAAGAUGGUCAUUGGAAACUAGGAGGGAUGGAUACUGUGUGCAAGUUUUCUGAAGCAACACCUGAGUUUCUGGCAAGCAUGAAGAAUGUGAGAGAGGCCAGCUGCAUUCCCCCAGAAGAGCAGGUUGAGGACUUAAAAAUGUUGCAGGAUAAAAAUGCUCACUCUCGGGACUGUUACUCUUUUGGAGUGAUUGUGGAGAGCCUCCUCUCCCUCCUGAAUGGUUAUGUGUCACAGGAGCUGUCUGACAGCCUGCAGAAAACCUUGCAAGUAGGCCUACUGAACUCUGACCCCUCAUCUCGACCUCCACUCAGUUCCUUGCUGACUCAUGACUUUUUUAGGAAUGACUUUCUGGAUGUGAUGAAUUUUCUGAAGAGCCUCACCUUGAAGACUGAAGAAGAAAAAAAUGAAUUCUUUAAGUUUCUUCUAGAUAGGGUCCAGAAUCUCCCUGAAGAGCUCACAGCUGCACGCCUUGUCCCCAAACUCCUUAACUCCCUGGUUUUUGCAGAGCCCAUGGCUGUCAAAAGUUUUCUGCCUCAUCUUUUAAGGCCAAAGAAGGAUUCCAGUGUUGGGGGAGUUAGCGGUGAAGAAUGCCUACUGUCUGUGGCCCUUUACAGUAAACAUGUGAUUCCUCAGCUUCUCAAGCUCUUCAAGGUCAACGAGGAACAUGUACGGAUCGUGCUGCUGGCUAACAUCCACAUUUACGCUGAGUUCUUUACCCAAGAUGAACUCAAAAACCAGAUCCUACCUCAGGUUUUAUUAGGAAUGAGAGACACCAAUGACUCCCUGGUUGCCAUGACACUGCAGAGUCUGGCAGUGUUGGUGCCCUUGCUGGGGGCUCAAGUGGUUGUGGGUGGAGAGAGAAGCAAGGUCUUUAAACGCACCACGCCCAACUUCACCAGGUCUACAGAGGUCACCCCAGAGACUUCGCCUGUCCAUAUAGUUGGAAGCUCACACCCUCAGAUGGCCCAGCCCUCAAAAGGCUUAAAUUUGUUCCCCAAGCAAAUAAGGACUGAAGGCCUGGUCCUGGAUCACAUGGAAAGCAUAGCUUGUAGUAAGGAGGCUCCAAAAAGUUACCCCCCUGCCCCAAAAUCAGACAUUUGUCGACAGAUGUCGCUACCUUUGAAUGGUUUUCAUCAGGUCAGAGAGACGGAGCCACCAUCAUACGACCCUGAGCAGGCUAAAAGACUAGAACGCCCAGCUGAAGACUGGCCUGACUGGAGUGACCCUGAGGAGGGUGAGAACAGAAAUGGACAACCAGUCCAGAUCCACAUUCAGGCCUCAGACAGAGAAGAUCCAGUCAGCAGAGGACUGUCCCUCUCAAACACCAACAUGGCAGAGGAGCCGUGGGACGACUUUGAGGACCCUGAGCCUACCUCGGAUCUAUCCCCCACCGCUCCUUUAUCAGAGCCAGUUAUACUGACACCGCCCAGAGAGAGCUCUGCCACACCUGUGAAACACGCACCAGAAGCACUGAGACUAGGUUCUUCUAAAGCCCUCAAACUGACGUCAACAAUGAGACAGUCCACACAGAGCAUGACCACUUCCUCAUGGGACGAAAACUGGGCUCAAGAAGACAGAGACUCGCACAAACCUUUAAACCCCAAGUCCAAACCUGCAGCGCCACCAAAAAACGGUGGGACAGAAGGUCUGGGGGAGGAGUUCACUAUUAAGGUGAAGAAAAAGGUAGAGCAAGACCCAGAGCUGGAUUUGUUUGCAGACAUGGUGCCGGACAUCAAGCUGCCCUCUUCAGCGAUGCUGCCACUGCAUGAGACUCUUGAUAAUGCUAGUGGUGCUGGACUCUCCACAGCCUCUUCAGAAAACACACAAUCACUGCAGAUUGACCCAUCCAUCGAUACUGUAACACUCACUGCCAAGUUCGCAGCUGCCAACCAGGCUGAGACUGAGGCAGAUGGCUGGGGAGAUGACCUGAACUGGGAGGAUGAGAAUGCCUGGUGAUGACCUUUUAAUCAGUUCAAUCCAUCAGAAGCAAAAGACCACUUUUAAACUCCUCAGUUUCACCACCUUUGGAAGCACCUGUUCCACAUGACUGUUCUUAUUGAACAGCACAGUGCAGUUAAGAUCAUGAUGGACUGAUAUUAAUAUCCUAUGCUGUUCGCUCCCCGACAUUUAUAUCUGUUCAUUAAGAAACGUUUUAACUAGAAGGAUCGUACGCUUUGAAGUUGGUACAAAUGAAGCCAUUCUUAAUUGUUUGCCAACUGAUAAGUCACCUCAAUAUGAACAGUGAUGGAAUCAGAGGAGAACAUCCUCCUGUUUUUAUCUGCUUCUCUCCUUUUUUUUUUUUUUUUAUGUGCCAAAUUCACGUCUGGCAUGAAGAUUAAGAUACACUUUUCGGCAAGAUGUCCAAAAUGUGUCCAGGUUGAUUUACAGAAAGCUUGCACUUUGAAUGAAUGUGAAAUAGGAAUUAACAUAAUUUAUUAGUAGCUUUUUGGUUGCUGGUGAAAGUAAAGAUUUUACUGUAUCAAAUGUGACCCUGCUCUGUUUUGUAAAACCUCUCAGAUUGAUUAAAUAUAAUUUUUCUUCUGACAUUAA